GAAUCUCAGGUGAAGAAUACUGGCUACGAGGUGACUCACCAAGGUCGCUGUAUAACUGUGUUCUCUGCGCCCAACUACUGUGACACUAUGCACAAUCUGGGCGCCUUCAUCACCUUAUACGGCAGUCACGAGCAAGGCGGUAUGAAUCCCAAAUUCACCAGUUUUAAAGAGGUACCACAUCCAAAUGUUCGUCCAAUGGCUUACGCCAACCCAUUGCUUUCUCUACUUGCUUAG